AUGGAGUGAUAGGUAAGCCCAAUCAUGCACGCUUCGCUCAUGUUAUACCCUCUAACCUUAUCUCGUGACACACCUUGCAGCGAGGACGAAGAUGCACCUUCGCCGUUGACACGUCGCCUCUCUUCACUUAAUCUUUCUCGUCGAUCGUCGGCAUCUUCCUUGCAGGCCACCCCUCAUCCUCUUUCUCGUUCCAUCAGUAGUUCUAUCCUCCACGAAAUUGACGAAUUUAGUGUCUCGCCUCAUUCACAUAGCUCCAAACCAGUAAAUCCGCAAGCUGGACCGUCCAUACCUAGUGGUACCCGAAUAGGUCAUACACCGCGCGCCGUCUCGACGCCAAAUCCGCGCAUGAGUGCAACCAGCGCCACAUCGUCACUCGCCCUAAGCAUUCCCGACUCGUCGUAUUCGAUUACACCCACGCAGAACGUGUUUCCCCCUACUUCUGAUCAUGGUACACUCUCCUCUGAGUCGUCGCUUAGUCUGCCACUACCUGCAACCCCGGAAAGUACUGAUGAUGGGCCAAGAGUGGUAGGAAAUGACAAUGGCGUGAAGGUUGGGAAAGAGAGAAUCAACGUGGGCAUGGGCAUUGGCAUGGACAAGAACAUGAAUAUCGAAAAGGGUUUGCCACCGUUGCCGAAUGGGAUGAACAAUGGGCUGAGGAAAUACCCAUCGAGUAUGGGUUUGAGGGCGGCGUUUGUUGCAGGAGCUGGAGCUGGAGUCGGUGGAGCGCGUCCAAGAACUUAUUCGUCGGCAUCGUCAGUGUCUUCAGUGGGAGUGGCGGCUGGUGCAAACGCCGCGCGGUCGGCUGUACCUCAAGCUUUGCGAUCAAGCUUAAAUGGCACUUCAGGCUCGGCGCCUUCUCCUGGAAGUGCCAGCACAUCCGCUCACGCGAAGUCGGGCAUAACAUCUCCGCGGGCAAGUCAGAUGUUACUCCCACGUCCGCUCAAACUCGCCCAAGCGCACCCUCAAGCGCGACUGCAGCAGCCAGGCGAACAGGCCAAGCCCGGUCAGGUGUUGGUAUACAACAGGAAUGUGCAUGAUCAACAGCGUUCUGCAUUGAGUCGUGGGUCGACAAGCACCGCAUCGAGCGCAGCGCCAUCACCUACGUCGCCUACAUCGCCUGCGGACUGUAACAGUCCACGCCCGAAACCGAGGACGGGAACUGGAAUGGUGUAUCGCAAUAGCUCGAACCCAUCAGGAGCUGGGAGUAGGAUGCGAAUGCCUUCGUCUGGCGUGCAUUCACCAUCAUUGGGGGUGUCGUCUCCUUCACUAGGUAUACCGUCGCCGUCUCCAUCAUCAUUACGUACGCCAUCACCAGCAUUUGGGAAAAUGCCUAUGCAGCGUGCUGUUGCGCUAUGAUUGCAGUAAAAUGAUGUUACAAUGAGGAAUGUGCUGGCAAGGUUGUCGGUCAAUGUGUGCUGGUGGAAGUUUCAAGUUUUGUGGCGGUUUCUCCUAUCGGACUCGGCUUCUUUUCGUUGUGCCUUUCGCCAUUGAAUACCAUUCGGAUUUUCAUUCAAAUUGGAUUAUCACUACCUUUACGGUACACCAUUACCCUUACUACACCCCCUGGAACAAACCACUAUAACCCCUGUGUCAGAUGCUCUUCACCAUUAGUUUCCUCUCAUUGUCAUCGUCACCAUCGUCAUCUAGUCUUCAGUUUUAUACAUUCAUUGCGAUCUUAUGGAAACUCAUUUGUGUACGAUUGUGAUCUUGCAGAUAUGAUUCAACUAUUUUCGUUUUACCCAGUGAAAUAUUGAGUCUUCCUUUCUAUCUCCGAAUUCUUUUCAACAUUUUUCUACGCUCAGUUUUUCUUUCUUUUUCUACAGGUUUUGUUUAUGAGAUUGGGAUGUUCUUUGCUAGCUCGUCGGCUAUCGGUACUCUGCAAUACGCAAUACUAGUAGUCUCAUAAU